UCCCCUGGCUGCCCAUCCCUAUUGUGUGCAAGUCUGAUAAUCCGCUAUCACUGAUACCAGUCAAAAACUUAUUUGCACCUUUAUACUAUGCGGUAUUUAUAAAUAAUAAAUUAAAACGAAUUGAUUCUUACACACAAGUGCUCGUGUCACAAUCAGUGCUCUCCAGAAAUCACGUAAAAUGGACGGACCAUCGCGGCCGAAGAAGAAAAUGAAAACGUGCGCUCAAGUAGCUACAAAUGUAGUGGAGCAGAAGCACCAAGUCUCUCGAGCCAAGAGGAGCCGUGCCCUCGGAAGCAGAGCGUUCAGGGGCAGCACAGUAUGGUUCACAGGCCUCAGCGGUGCCGGCAAGACUAGCAUAGCCUUCGCACUUGAAGCCUAUCUGGUAUCUAAAGGUAUCCCAGCAUAUGGCUUAGACGGUGACAACAUCAGGACAGGUCUGAACAAAAAUCUCGGUUUCACCAAGGAGGAUCGAGAAGAAAAUAUUAGGCGAGUGGCAGAGGUUGCCAAACUCUUUGCUGACAGUGGUGUGGUGUGUCUAUGCAGUUUCGUAUCACCCUUCGCAGAGGAUCGAGAAGUAGCUCGUCGCAUUCACACAGACUCCGACCUGCCUUUCUUCGAAGUAUUCAUCGACACCCCACUCGAAGUGUGCGAGCAGAGAGACACUAAAGGCCUCUAUAAGAAGGCUAGAGAAGGAUCUAUUAAGGGUUUCACAGGCAUCACACAAGAAUAUGAGCGUCCCGAAGCGCCGGAACUUAUUGUUCAGACUGUGGGAGACUCCAUUGAGGAGUCUACCAUGCACGUCGUACGGUUACUGGAGUCACAGGGUAUCAUCCCAUGCUUCGAAAACAGUCGCAAAGGCGUGGAAGAGCUAUUCAUAUACGGCAACAGACUGACCAGUGCUAUAGAGGAGGCGGCCAGACUACCGCAGAUUGAAAUCAAUACUUUGAACUUACAGUGGGUGCAGGUUUUGUCAGAAGGUUGGGCGUACCCACUUAAAGGUUUCAUGAGGGAACACGAAUAUCUACAAGCACUGCAUUCAAACUGCCUAACCCUUCCCGACGGGUCUGUGGUCAACCAAUCAGUGCCCGUGGUACUCCCAGUGGACACGGAGACUAAAGACCGAUUGACAGGAGCGAAUGCCAUCGCGUUGACUUAUAAUGGCAAAGCUAUUGCGGUCCUGAGAUCUCCGGAGUUCUACCCACAUAGGAAGGAGGAGAGAUGUUCCAGACAGUUCGGGAUUUAUGAUGCUGGACAUCCUUAUAUUAAGAUGAUCAAAGAAGCAGGUGACUGGUUGGUGGGCGGCAACCUGGAAGUGUUCGAGCGUAUUCGCUGGAACGACGGCCUGGACUCGUACCGACUGACGCCCAACGAGCUGAGGCAGAAGUUCAAGGAGUUGGAGGCUGAUGCUGUGUUCGCUUUCCAGCUUCGUAACCCCAUCCACAACGGUCACGCGCUGCUGAUGCAGGACACGCAUCGUCAGCUCGUGGAGCGAGGCUUCGAGAAACCUGUGCUCUUGUUACAUCCUCUCGGCGGCUGGACGAAAGACGAUGAUGUACCAUUAGAAGUGCGUAUCAAUCAACAUAAGGCUGUGCUGAACGAAGGAGUAUUGGACCCUCAGGCCACCGUGCUGGCCAUCUUCCCGUCACCCAUGAUGUAUGCUGGACCUACUGAGGUACAAUGGCACGCGAAAUGUCGUAUGAACGCGGGCGCCAACCACUACAUCGUGGGCCGCGACCCCGCCGGCCUGCCGCACCCCAGCGGCGGCGGAGACCUGUACGACCCCAGGCACGGGGCUAUGGUGCUUAAAAUGGCGCCAGGACUUAAUGAGUUGGAGAUCAUUCCGUUCCGCGUGGCCGCUUACGACACUUCAGUCGGCAAGAUGGCGUUCUUCGACCCCACUCGCAAAGAAGAUUUCGACUUCAUAUCCGGAACUAGGAUGAGAGGUCUAGCUAAAGCCGGUAAGGAGCCGCCCAAAGGCUUCAUGGCACCUUCAGCGUGGAAGGUACUUUCCGAAUACUACCAGUCUCUGAAGUCCAAGAUGGACACCAACUAAACUAUCCCACUAGCAGCUAAACUAAAUCUAAGUAUUAUUUAUAACUUACUGUCACAAUACUUACGGCCUCAAAGCGUUCCAUAGACACUGCUAAUGAAUCUGUGCUUUACUUUUUCAAUCAACUAAAGUCUAUGGUAUGGCAUUCUAUUUUUAAUUUUAGUAGAAUAAGAAAUUAAAGCGGUUUACACUUUAUUUUUUAUGAUAGUAUUUUUAUCCUGCGCUGUUUUUCAUGAAAUCAGGCCACUUUUUUUUCUUUCAUCUUUCUAAGCUACAAUCAUACUCAAUAUAACAAUGAGAUUGCAUAACUAUUUUUAAGUUCUUUUAAGGGGCGAGAUGUGGAUUUUAUUUUUGACAAAUCAUUUUUAUUUAUUUCUGUUUAUUACUUAAAAUUGUUUCCUCUGGUUUGUGCAACGAAAUCUAUGCAGUGCAAUAUUUUUGUGAUUAAAUUAUGGAUGUUUAUUUAUUUGUGAUAUGUAUACAUUCCUGUAUGCGCGUUAUUUACCAAGUGUAUCUGUUUACACAGUUUAUUUUCCCUUAAAUAGUGUACACUCAUUUUGUCUACUAUAAAUUCUAUACUUUCCAUAUGGCGAGUAUGAGGUAUAAUUCUAAAGAGUUCUUUUUAUUAGUUGUUUCAAAUGAAUCGUUUAUCUCGAUACAGAUUUUUUUUGUAAAAUACAAAUUAUGUGUAUGAGAACUGUUACAAAAGAGGCACUUUUUGACGUUUAUUUUAUUUACUUACAUAAUUUUUGUGACGCAAAUCUUAAAAGAUCAAUGGAUUAUAAUCAAAUAUGUGAACGUAUUAAUAUGUAUUAUUUUAUAAUUGCGUAAUCGAUACAUAAUAAUGUGAAGGGACGUAUUGUUAAUUUAUAAGAGGUUUAAAUAUAAAUUGUUGUAAUUUUAGUGAAUAAAGGUGCUUUUAAAGUUAGUGUAAAAUAAAUAUCAAAGUGAUACUGA